AAUGGCUUGGGUUCGGGGGCGGGGCGAGGAGGUAGUGUGCAGUAAGAGGUAACCUGGCAAGUGGUAGUGGCGCUUCUCGGGUUCUGUGCUUCACGCUUUGGUACUAAAGGCCGAGACUGUUCUGGCGACGGCGACCUCUACGGCAACAGCUUAAGCUCUCGGAGGAGUGGCAGAGUACGAUCUGAAGGAGGGGCUUCUGGUCAGCCCAGGCAGCUGAAAGGUGAACCGAGAGAGGCAGAAUACGUUGAACAGGGAGUUUGGCAAGGUUCUAUCAUAAUGAAUGGAUCCAAUAUGGCAAAUACAUCACCCAGUGUAAAAUCCAAAGAGGACCAGGGGUUAAGUGGGCACGAUGAAAAGGAAAACCCAUUUGCAGAGUACAUGUGGAUGGAGAAUGAAGAGGAUUUCAACAGACAGGUGGAGGAGGAACUGCAGGAGCAAGACUUCUUGGACCGCUGCUUCCAAGAGAUGCUGGAUGAAGAAGACCAAGACUGGUUUAUUCCAUCACGAGACCUGCCUCAGGCCAUGGGACAGUUGCAACAGCAGUUAAAUGGACUGUCAGUCAGUGAAGGUCAUGAUUCUGAAGAUAUUUUGAGCAAAAGUAACCUGAACCCAGAUGCCAAGGAGUUUAUUCCAGGAGAGAAGUACUGAGCCGACAAAGCUUUGAGGAGGACUUGUCUGUCCCCACAUCUGGGGAUAGUAAUGCACAAAAUAGUGGAGCUGAAGAUGGGGAUGGGGCGGGCGAGGGACGCACAGCGGGAAGGGGAGUGGUGGUCUCAUGAUACUGUGACUCUGAGUAACUAAUAUGCUCAGUCUUAUUCUACAAGCCUCUGAGUAUUUCUGUUUUGUUCUGCUGAUUUUUGUUUGGAGCAGUUUCCUGUUUUGUUUUUUUGAAUAGCUCUUUCGAGUUAAGGAAAUUGCAUUUUCCCCGCUUCAUCAGGAGUGUUCUGCGGUGUGUGUUUAAACAAAAUAAGCUGACCAAGAUAAACUGGAUAUUUAGGAAAUGCCCCUCUCACCCUGCUGUAUACUUACCAAGGACAGUGAGCCCCUGGAGAACUUUUUGUGGAAUCUAUUGAAUUGGAUGGGAAAAGGGACAAGCAGAAAGAGCAGGUGGUACAAACCAGAAUUUGAGGCUCAGCUCCCCCAUCGCUGGGGUCUCCUGCAGUGAACUGGGAUAACCAAUGCCCUGCCGAGCCCUUGCCUGUUUGUCCUGAACCCCAUUCAAGAAAACGCAGACUUAGAGUACUUAGUUUACAGUAACUUUGAUGAUUGUUGAAAGUUGUAAAUCAGAAGGUGGGGCUGUGAUGGUGGUUGUCACUUGAGUCAUUUAGUUACUGUUGUCCUGUUCAUAAGCCUGUGUUCACCAUCACCAUCAGACUCACCAUUUAUAAGUAGAAGAGCACUGUUGUUGAUCUGCCACCUCAUCUUUCAUGAAGUCUAUUCCCCGGCCUCCUUUCCACCCUAUCCUACUCUGUUUUUAAGAAAAGAUAUUGCUGCCAAAGGCAUAGGGGAGGCCUGGUGUGCUGACAAUUAGCAUGAGCCUGCAGAAGUCAUCCUUGAAUCUGCUGUGUCUAAAUUUUAUUUGGACAGCCUUUUUUUUUCCAGCCUCAACACUUGGUCUUCCUGGUGUCUCAAUUCCCUCAGACAAGUUUGUGCACGUUUUAAAGGAUAUAUUUUUCAGGACACUAGUAAGAAGCUCAGUUCACAGUUUGGAUAUUUCUUCCCACAUUAUAGAAUUUUGGAAAGGAACUCAAAACUAGCCUAGGAAAGUGAGUCCUGCUUGACCCAUGUGACUGUGUACCUGACCCUCUGGGAUCUUUUCAGCUAUUAAAACAUUUUACUGUUCCCACAUACCCAGCUUUGCAGGUUUCCUAGAUUGACCUCUUAGGAUAUGUUUCUUUGUCUUUCCUGCCUUUAACUUGUUGGGGUCUUUUGUUGCUACCCGUAAAGAACUAAACUGGGUGCUAGGAGCUGCCUUUGUAUAUAGAGAUGUAGAUGGCAGUGUGAUGUUUAAGAGACCAUCCAGGCCAUUCUCCCAGGGAUGAGGACUUGAAGAGCCCUAAAGAUAAUAGUGGCUUCUCUCUGAUUGCUACUAUGCUGUGUGAUAGGCCUAAUAGGGAAAAGAUACGUAACUUGAAAUAAAGUUGGCAUAAAUUCAGUAUGUGGAUGUGGGACAGAGGUUGGAAGGAAAGGACUAGGGUAUGGAAAGCUGAAGAAAUUCUCCUUUUGAGCUCUCGUUGACUCUUUGAACAGUGACAAGCUAAUGCCAGAUUUAAAAUACACAUUUUUUCCUAUUUAAGUCUGUAGGAUUAUAUCACUUGAAAAGUUGCAUUCCUUGUUAGGUCACAUGUCAUAGGAGAGUAGCUUAGAGAACUUGCAUUACCAGACAGACACAUUAAUUCCCAAAGCCUCUGUGUUGAGAAAAUGAAACUGUUAACUCUUUUUCAGGGAGGAAUAUGAAUAAAGAAACUUCUUUAUUCAAGCUUCAGCUUUCAGCUGGGUUGUUCCCUCUAAAAAGGAAAGGACAUUGCAAGUGCAUAGAGGAAAUCUCUCCCUUCUGGGACUGCUUUUCCUCCUUCAUCCUCCAUGAGCCUGUCCAAGCUCAGAAUUCUGAAGGUGGUUAGAAAUGUGUUGGGAUUGCAGAGAGAAAGGAGCUCGUCUUUCCUUCUGCUGUGCUGGUCUGUUUUGGAUGUCAGUCUUCAGCCUGGUUUCACAAGGCAUAUUUGGUCAGGACUAUGAAAACUUCCUGCCAGUUUAGCAUGGACACUGAGGGCUGGCAUUUCUAGUCCUCUGCAGACACUGAAUGUGCUGACUCCAGGUAUAGGAAGCAGCUAGCAAAGUGAUUCUUUUUAAAAUGCAUAGGACUCUGCUUCCAGUGGUUCCUCUUGUAGUCCAACUCUUUUUUGCCAUCUAUUUUAUGUUGGGAGGUGGGGGCACAAUUGUCACUCACGACAUAGGCUCUGCUAGUUAGAGUUUGCUACCUUCUUAGCAGAAAAUGCAUCUUGUUGGACCUUCACUGGGGAAAGGCUGGGAGCCUCUGGCUGUCUUUGACUUUUCUCACAGGAGUAGAACCAGCAAGCCAGGCUGGAACCCUUUACCCUUGAAUGGUGACGCUUGUAUUUGUAAGGGGUGAUGUUGAAUUUAAGCCACUACUCUGUUUAAACUUUUUUUUUUAAUUGGCAACUAGAAGUUUGAGAAUUUGUAUAGAAAUAGAACAUGUAGGCUGGGCUUAGUGGCUCACACCUGCAAUCCCAGCACUUUGGGAGGCCGAGGCAGGUGGAUCAUGAGGUCAGGAGUUCAAGACCAACCUGGCCAACAUGGUGAAACCCCAUCUCUACUAAAAAUACAAAAAUUACCCAGGUGCGGUGGCAGGCACCUAUAAUCCCAGCUACUCAGGAGGCUGAGGCAGGAGAAUUGCUUGAACCCAGUGGGUGGAGGUUGCAGUGAGCUAAUAUUGCGCCACUGCACUCUAGCCUGGGUGACAGAGCAAGACUCCAUCUCAAAAAAAAAAAAAGAAGUAGAACAUGUAUUUUUAACAGUUGCCAAUCUGGCUGGUCCCAGUGUUAGUUUAUUAGUGAUUGAUCUGUAAUUAUUGGGAUUAUUUAUUCAACUCUAAAAUUCCAAGAUGAAAAUAAUUUAUCUCUCUAUUUUCAAGGAAAAAAAAGCGAAAUGAAUGCCUUUUCAGUUUCUCCACCUUUGAACUGCAGCAGAAAAUUCAAGGAUACAGCCUAGGCCUGGGCAAAUGCAGCCCUGGGUCUUUGGGCCAGUUUCUGGCAAUAAUAGUUGACUUUUGGGAAUCACAUAAGGGUGAAACCAGAAACCAUCCUAAGGAAAAGGCUUGACCUUUGUAGCACCUUUAGUUUCCAAAAUCACAGCAGCUGGGGUCCCUUUUUUUUUUUUUUUUUUUUUUUUUUUAAAGCAUAGUCUCACUCUGUCACCCAGGCUGGAGUGCAGUGAUAUGACCAUAGCUCACUGCAGCCUCAAAUUCCUGGGCUCAAGCAAUCCUCAUAUCUCAGCCUCCUGAGUAGCUGGGACAAUAGGCACGCACCAUCACGGCCAGCUAAUUAUUUUUAUUAUUUUUAUUUUUUGUAGAGACUGGAUCUUGCUCUAUUUCCCAAGCUGUUCUUAAAUUUUUGUGCUCAAGUGAUUAUCCCACCUCAGCCUCCCAAAGUGCUGGGGAUUAUAGGCUGGGCGUGGUGAGCCACCCGAGCCUGCACUCUCUUUAAUUAAGGUUAUAAAGCUAACCAUGGCUUAAAAUACUAAGCAGCAUUUUCCAAAUUGUUGAUUACUAUUACAUUGGUUUUGGAGAAGCUGGGAAGUAAGGCAGUGAGGUGAAUACUCUGAUAGUUAACACGUGUUAGAGAGGAAAGUUGUGUGAAGAGGCCGCCAAAGUAAACAGCAUGAAUGAAUCUUGUAUUAGGGCGGCUGCAAACCCCAGGUAGAAAAAUGACAGCCCAGGCUCCUGAACCAUCGGGAACCCAGGAGUCUGCCCUACUGUGAGGAGGGGGCAGGCCUUCUUCAAUAAGGGUCCCACCAUCACGGGCUAAUAAUCUUUCACAGUUUAGGUGAUAUUGAGGUAUUGGGACUGUUAGAAAUCUGACAGAUUUGACCAAGAUUUGGAGAUGUGCACAUAUUGGGAAGGACUGGGUGUCCCUAGCCGCUCUCCUCUGGGAUAACGCGGGCGUCAUUAGUUUGGGAAGCGGUGGGGAGAAGAGGAGGAUUGACUCCGAUUUGGAGUGUAGUGGGGGCCUUGAUGUCCUUCUGCCUCUGCCCACAUUUCCCCGUGUGACUCACUGCAGCCCGCAUUGCUCACAGGGAUCAUUAGUUCUCCGGGUAGGCAGAGCACCUUCUGCAGACGCUGCUCUGCUGCCUUGUGAAUUUCCUCCACAGACUUAGUUGGUUAUAAUUUGAAAACAGUUUUUUGUUUUUUGGUUUUUGUGGUUUUUUUCCUUUGUUUUAAUCUUCUCAUACUGAAACUGCUAUUCAUGACAGGGAAAGGGGAGCAGGAAGCCAACCCAGGGAAACAUGAGAGUUUCCUGCAUACCACUUGGCCACCUGCCCUCACUGGCCAAACCCCUACUGCUGUUCCCAGUCAGUCUGGUUUUUAGAGGCAUCAUGGGAAUAGAACAGCUGGAUACACUAUUCUCGACAGGGUGUCAGGCAGGAGUCCCAGGGGACAGGAGAGAAAUCUGUAAAGGGACAGAUGCACCAUCUUUAUUUUAAAGGAAAAAGCUCCCUCAGAUUUUGUUACUAGAAGUCUCCUUUGUGACAUUUGCUGAGCUUUCUCCCCAGUCCUACCUUCCUAUUGGCUACCUUUUAUAUAAAAAUAAUAAACAUUUUAGACUAAUAUGACAAAAAUGAGAUAAAAUCUUUAAAAUAUUUUACUAGUUUACAGUUACUAAAAUGUGCUUACUAUAAAAUAGUAAAAUAUUUUACUCUGUAAAUCAUCACUAAGUAAUUCUGUCCUGUUGAUUGUGAGCCUUCAAAAAUGUUUAAUACUUGAAGGAUGGUUUGGGAGGCAGGGAGUCCUUUUCUUAAAAACAAAACAACUUUAAUGAGGCAUAUGUUACAUAUCAUAAAACACCCAUUUCAAGUGUACAAUUCAGUGAUUUUAGUAACUUCCCUCAGUGGUGUAGCUAUAACUAUUACUCAGUUUUAGAACAUUUUUAUCCCUUCUGAUAAGAUCCUUCAUGCUGUUUUACAGUUAAUCCUGUUCUUACCCCCAGCAACCACCAAUCUACUUUCUCUAUAAAUUUGCCUUUUCUAGACAGUUCGAAUCAAUGGAAUCAUACAAUAUGCGGUCUCUUGGGUCUGGCUUUUUUACUUAGCUAAUGUUUUUGAGGUUCGUCCAUGACAUACAACAUGUUUUGGUAGUUUGUUCCUUUUAUUGCUGAGUAGAAUUCCAUUGAUGGAUGUACCACAUUUUGUCAGCAGAGAGCCUUUUAAACUUGGAUUCCAGCUUCCUGUGGUCUAAAUGGAACCCUCCGAACAGGACUUAUAGGGGAAGCUGCUGUGCCUGUCAAAGAAAACCUACUAAUCAGAACGAGCUUUGUCAUCCGGCGUCAGAACUGCUGCAGAAAUUUUUACAAUUUUGCAACUUCUUUUUUUACAAGGAACUUUUGUGCUACUACACAUCAGGACUUUUGAAGCAUCCGAUAAAUCCAUGUAAUAAAUACGAGCGUGUGUCUGAGUGGACAAGAAAGUGAAACCAUCCAUGCUACAUUGGAUAAUUUUUCCUCCCCCAGACUGGACAGGGAAUCUCAGCUUUCGAAAUAGAGUAUCCUGUCUCCAUUUACAAAGCUGCACAGGUAUUAAAGAUCGUGCUGCCUUUGUUAGGCAGAUUUGGAGGGGAGGCCCAACAGCAAAGAUGGAGAGGAAAAGGGAGUGGAACUUGUGGAACAGGAAGCCCCCCAGGGUCUGUGUAGGGCUGCUCAGCUCUUGAGGAUAUUGUAGAUGGUGAGGUAGUGAUGGUGUCCCGGGGCAGCCCAGCACCUCCACUGGGCCCAGAAGGUCUUGACUUUGGACACUUACCCUUGUUUCACAAGUGUUUAAAAGCUGUUUUUGCUUUUGUUUUUUUUUUCCUAAUCAUUACUUGGUAGUUACUAAUCCUUCUUUGGGGGAGGGACAGGGCUUUAAAACGGAAGAAAAUAAUUUUCAUAAAAAUAUCAAAAAUGGAAAAACUUUACUUUGUAAAAACUUUGCUAUACAAACCAAAUGGCAGCUGUUGAGAAUCUCAAUAAAAUGUUAAAUGCA